UGUACGUCGACUGCGAGAGGACAGUGUGCCGUGGAAACACUGAACAAUAAAAUAUCUCGUUUUCAGUCCAUCUUCAUCUACGAAGAAAUAUUUUUUUCCUAUUUCAAGGAAUAUUACACAGAGUGACGCCCUUGCACUCCAGAGUUAUAGAAGGUCGCGAGGAACAUCAUGGCCAGAGAAGUGUGUAAAUUGAAUUGAAAAGAUAAACUCCCUUCUUGGAUAUAAAGGAGAUAUAUCCCCUGAACCUCAUCUUCUCUGAGGUUAAAGGACUUCUUCAGUCGAACGCUUCAAGACCUCAGAAGAAACAGGAUGCAACGGAAUGCUUUGCGUUGAGAUACAACAUGUAUUCACAUUAUCUCAGUGUGGUAGCAUUCUAGCUGAACUGAUGAACUGUUUACCGUUUUAAAUUUCUUUGACAGUUUUAAUACUUAAGCGAUUGAAUCGAUAUUUAUGCGACAUAACAGUUGAGGUUUUUUACAAUAGCGCUCGCUCAAUGUUGGUCAACAUCACCUAGCGAUGGGCAAUACAUGUACCUCAUCGCUCCAUUGUAGGACUAGAUGCCAGAAUAACCGACAGGAUUUAAUGUUUUCGUAUAAAUUUAACUGAACGAGCACCAUGUAGCUAGUUUACGAACUAGUGCAGUAGUUUCAAUUCAUUAGCUGUUGUUUUGCUACGUAAAUAAAACAUAGUUAGCAAGCUGGCUAUCUGACAAUCUGGGUCAGAAAUGACAUCUGCCAGAGUAAAUUAACAUUGAGCAUAUAGGAUAGCAGUGACAACCGUUUAACUACUACAGUCUGAUCGUUGUUAACCAGCUGUAUGAGCAGGCUCACCGUCGCAUAGCAUUCCUUGUUGUGGUAUUUUAGAUAUUUAUUUGUGAUGCAGACUAACGUAGGGUAAGUCACUGGAGCCUCCCAUUUAGCUAAUGUAUGUAUUGGUCAUAUUUAAUACCUAUUAAUUUACGCUGUCUGUAAUUUGCUAUUAAGACCUGCGAUAAUUUAUAUGUUUUAUGCUUGCUGAUAGAAGAAUAGCACUUAGGUCAUAGUCAGAAAAGCGUCUUCCGAGACGUUCUUAAAGAAACCUCAUCCUAGCUUGAUUUAUCACUGGAGAUUUGCUUAAAAAUGGAGACUGUGGGAGACUUUGAAUACAGUCGAAAAGACCUCGUUGGACACGGAGCUUUUGCUGUUGUAUUCAGAGGAAGACACAAAAAGAAGACUGAUUGGGAAGUCGCCAUCAAAAGCAUUAACAAGAAGAACCUCUCAAAGUCCCAGAUCCUCCUUGGCAAGGAAAUAAAAAUUCUGAAGGAACUUCAACACGAAAACAUUGUUGCGCUCUAUGAUGUUCAGGAAACGCCCAACUCUGUGUUUCUGGUCAUGGAGUAUUGCAACGGAGGUGACCUGGCAGACUAUUUGCAAGCUAAGGGAACUCUGAGGGAGGACACCAUCAGGGUCUUCUUGCAGCAGAUCGCCGCCGCCAUGCGAAUCCUCAACAGCAAGGGGAUCAUCCACCGAGACCUCAAGCCCCAGAACAUCCUGCUGUCCUACGUGGGUCGCAAGAAGUCCAACAUCAACGGCAUUCGCGUUAAGAUCGCUGACUUUGGCUUCGCACGCUAUCUGCAGAGUAACAUGAUGGCCGCCACCCUGUGUGGGUCUCCCAUGUACAUGGCGCCAGAGGUGAUCAUGUCCCAGAACUACGAUGCCAAAGCAGACCUGUGGAGCAUCGGUACAGUGGUUUACCAGUGUCUCGUGGGAAAGCCGCCUUUUCAGGCAAACAGUCCCCAGGACCUGAGGAUGUUUUACGAAAAGAACAAGACGCUAGUGCCAAACAUCCCGCGGGAAACGUCUCCUCAGCUGUGUGAUCUUUUGCUGGGCCUGCUACAGAGAAAUCAGAAAGACCGCAUGGAUUUUGACACAUUUUUCAGCCAUCCUUUCCUGGAGCAGGCGUCGGCGAUUAAAAAAUCGUGUCCUGUCCCUGUGCCCACGUGUCCCGGCUCUGUCUCAGACAGCUCUUGUGGCAGCUCCCCUUCCUGUCGCUACGUCUCCCCACCUUCGUUGCCUGACAUGCAGGCCCUGCCCGAAGACGUGCUGUCCUCCCCUCCUCUGGGCCCUCCAAACUACCUGCAGCUUUCCAAGGAGUCCGGAGGCAGCACCAGCAGCAAGAACUCCUCCUGCGACACGGACGACUUUGUUUUGGUGCCUCAUCUCUCUGGAGAGCAGUCUUAUGACGUACCGAUGGGGGCAGCUGGUCGUCGGCCAUCUAGCGAGUUCCUUCUGUGUGGAGGGCAACCACAGCCAACUCCCGGACAGACCCCCAUGGUGUCGCCACGGACAGAGACCACCCCGAUUCCUGUGCCCACACAGGUGCGCAACUAUCAGCGCAUCAAACAGAACCUCUCCAGCAGUCCUACCACCACCAUGUACGGCUCCCCUAGGUCGGGUACUGUGCGACGCUCUAAUACCAGUCCCAUGGGUUUCCCCAAAGCGGGAUCUGGGUCCCCCAGCCCUGCAGACGUAGCCCAGGCUGUUGGCCGACGUCUCUCUACAGGCAGCUCCCGGCCCUACUCUCCCUCUCCUCUGGUGGGCACCAUCCCAGAGCAGCUGGGCCACUGCUGUUGUGGACAUCCCCAGAGUCACGAGACACGCAGUCGCAGUUCGUCAAGUGGCUCUCCCGUGCCAUCAUCCCAGUUGCUGGGGGCCCGUCUUCAGAGUGCUCCAACGCUGACCGAGGUCUAUCAGACCAAACAGAAACUGCACAAGCAGCUCUCAGACCCUGUUCACCCCACCACCUCAGCCUACCCGAGCAGCCACUCCCCGCAGCUUGGUCGCCCUGGAAACCUGGGGACCUCCCCAACCAAGCACCUUGGCUCUUCCCCACGCUCCUCUGAUUGGCUCCAGAAAUCCCCUCUUCCCACCAUCAUCGGCUCUCCCACCAAGACCACUGCACCUUUCAAGAUCCCUAAAACUCAGGCUUCAUGCAACCUCAUGGCCCUGGCCUCCCAGCAGGGUAUAGCAGACAGUCCCACCCCAAGUAAGACUCUGAUGGAUGCUCGAGACAUCUGUGCUCACCACUGCUCGCCCUAUCCGAGCGGCCGACAGUCCGCCCCUGAAGUCAGCAAGACCACUUUUGGCAGGUCUGUGAGCACGGGACGGCUUUCAGAGCAACCUGUCAGAAUAACGCUGGGAGGGCAGCCAUAUCAGGGCAGUACGGACAGUCUGAACACAGAGAGACCCAUGGACACAGCACCAGCGGGGAUGUGCGGUUUGCCGAUGAGUGGGGCGAGCCCCCGCGCCGUUCUCUUCACGGUUGGCUCCCCACCAAACAGCAGCACCCCACCUACCUGCAGUCACCUGGGGACCCGCCCACGUACCACCUCAGUAGGAUCCAACAGUUCGGCAGGUUCGCUAUGCUCCACCAGCGGUCGGGUUCACGUCGACUCUCCCCCGAGCAUGACCAUUGGCAGUUCCCCACCAGGGGCGGAGGCAGCCCCCAGCAGUCUACGCUACGUCCCUUACGGCACCUCCCCUCCUAGCCUGGAUGGCUUCAUCACCUUCGAAGCUCCAGAGCUACCUGAAGAGACACUUAUGGAGCGGGAGCACACUGACACACUGAUGCACCUGCGCACUAUGCUGUCCUUCACCGACUGUGUGCUUGAGAUAGCAGCCAUGAAGGCAGGGGGUGCUGAUUUGGGCAUUUCGGCCGCCUCUCUGUACCCCCCACAGGAGAGUGUGGUUGUGGACCAGAUCAGCCAGCUCAGCAAAGAGUGGGGGCAGGUGGAGCAGCUGGUGCUGUACAUGAAAGCUGCCCAACUCUUGGCUUCAUCACUUCACCUGGCCAAGGCCCAAAUCAAGUCUGCUAAACUCAAUCCCUCCACUGCUGUCAAACAAGUGGUGAAAAGUCUGAACGAACGCUAUAAGAGCUGUAUCUCCAUGUGCCGCCGUCUCACUGACAAACUCAACCACUUCUUUUCUGACAAGCAGCGAUUUGUGGACGAGAUUAACAGCGUUACAGCCGAGAAGCUCAUUUACAAUCACGCCGUGGAAAUGGUGCAGUCUGCAGCGUUGGAUGAGAUGUUCCAGCAGACUGAGGACAUUGCCUACCGCUAUAACAAAGCCGCCAUGCUGCUGGAAGGCCUGUCCAAAAUCCUGCAGGACCCAGCUGAUAUCGAGAACGUCACCAAGUAUAAGGCAAGCGUGGAUCGGCGGAUCUCUGCUCUCUGUUACUGCACUGUCACGCUGUACGAGUAACAGACCUGUCACACGCUGAAGCUCCGUCUAGUCCUCUACAGGGACCACCCCUCUACCCAAAACCGCACAAACCAGAGAACCAUGGAAAACCAACAUUCUCUCUUUUUGUAGCAGUCAAAGCACUUUUCUUUUGUUUUUCUAUUUUUUUUUUUCUAAUUUUUUUUUUUUUGUAUUGUAUUCACAAGUAAUACGCAACACAAGUAUUAUUUUUUAUUCAGAACAGACUAAAUGCUCGACCUGCAGACAUGUAUGAAUUCACAACCAAAGAUGAAAAAACUGUCAUGUUUUUAUGAAAGACAAGAUGUCGGGACUUGAACAAGCGUGAAACGAGCUGUCUCCUUUAUUGUUUUUACAGCUUUUCACCACUAGCAGGUGGAAAUCACAGAUCAAACUUUUAUCCUUUUUUUUCCUCCUCCAUUUUUAUUCAGAAAACUUCUGUGGUAGGCUUUAAGCUCUGCCCGUGAACAGUGAACAUUUUAAUGCAAAUCACAGUUUUUUAUUACAAAUAUUGUUUUUACUGUAUUCUGUAAAAGUUGUUAUUAUUUAUUGGUUAAGAAAGAAAUGCUUGCAGAUGUAGAUGCCAUGAAUACACAUCUCAUACAGAGAGAGGGUGGAAAAAAUACAUGAAAGGUUUAGUUAACAGACUUAGACACAAACACAAACCAAAUGCACUCAAACACGUUCAUAUAAUCAUUCAACUCCACUCACACCUGGAUGUCAGCAUGGUAGCAGCAUAAGGAGUUUGUAGAUUUGUAAUUAAUCAUUAUUUUUAACGCAAUUGCACUUUAUCGACUUAAAACGUGGCAAAAACAAAAAAAAAAAACAAAAAACGGUAGAUAACUCAUCCGAAAGACGUGGCAAUGUGAAGGCUGCGAACUGAGGUAGCGGAGGGAUGGAGAGGGAUGACUUUCAUUCCUCUAUUCCAUCUCUUUCUCCCCAGCUCUCCCUCUCAUUGCUGUGGGAUUAUGGCCACAAGGGGCUAUGAUCAGCUGAGAAACAUGUCCAGACAUGUCUGUGCAUCUCAGAUCCUCUACUCUGAGCUUUGAAAAGACAGUGAGGUCACAGCCUUGAUUGACAUGGACAGAAUUUUUUUUUUUUUUUUAACAUGGGUUAAGAGUAAAGAGAAGUCAGCAUAGCUGUGUGUACUGGGCUCUCAAACUGCAUGCCAGUCAGGGGAAAUCAAGCAAAACGGUCAAAAUACUUGAGUAGUUACUUGCGUUUCAUUUGAUUCUAACGAUACUGAUACAUGCUUUGUAUGAUCUUAUUGAUACUGUAGCUUUUUUUUUUUUUUAAGAUACUGGCGCCUACAACUUGUAAAUAUUUGUAUGUUGUGCAUGUGGCUUUGUUAUUAUUAUUUUUUUUUCCUUUGCCGAAUGAAUGCGUGAGAGCACGGCUUGAGGUUGAGGUUGAUGGACGCUGCUAUUGGAUGGCCUGCCUGUCACUUAAAGAGCACAACCUUUUUUUGUCUAUAGGAUGUUUGAUACUAUUACCCUUAAUUAUUACAAGUUCAGUUUCAAAGCUCUGUCCGAGGACUCUGGGUAGACCACUGAAAUACAUUCUCACACUUCAGGGCAGCUCCAGACUCUUUCACUGAUAUUAUCUGGUAAAAAGUAAAAAGUACAGGAAAAAAGUAUAUUGGUUUAACAACAGGAUGGUAACCAGAUUUAUAUAGCUAAGGACAGGAACCGCCUAGUGUCCAUCACAAUCAGCCUACCCAUUCCCUCUCAAUAUCGGCUGUGCUCUCAACUGUGUUAGUAUGACAGCACCCCCUAGUGGUGCACCAGUGGCCAGUGUCAGGAUCCUGAAGUACAGAGACUGCCAGAGAAAAAAACAGUCUCCUUUAUCUGUACAUGUGUU